UAUCUUUCCAAGGCAUUUAUUUCACGUUUGCAUACACUCCCAGAAGUUGAUUUGUGUGCAGCUUUUGCAAUUGGCCGUUACUUGAGCAACCUCUCUCGCAUUGCCACCGACUAUAAACUUAUCAAUUUUCGUAAAAAUCUGGCCACUGUCUGGGGCCCAAUUUAUAUGAGUGUCGAACCGGCACCAGAUACUUCACCUCCCGUUAGAAUGACAGAAUGCGAGAAACAUGCUGCUGCCAUUGAAAUUUUUGCCAAGGUGUUGGAGGCAGUCCCUUGGGAAUCAACAAAGGAUACCAAAAAUGUGCCCCUUCAAGCACAGUAUAUGGCAUAUAUGGAUACUGUGUACGACACGACUAGUAGACUACGUGAUGGGUGUCUCAUGAAAAUUUUAAAUAAACAAACAAGUUGUAAAGGAUCCCUUGAAGACAAACUUCGCCAAGAAGCUAUGUUAGAAUGCAUGAAACCCGAAAACCAGGUACGGAAGGAAGGGAAGAGAGAAAUUGUCAAAUGUUGUACGCAAUUAGUUCCAUCAGAUAAAACUAAACUUUCAUGUCAAAGACCUUGUUAG